UUGGGAUUUUGUAAUCCCGGCUCCCGUGGGUGGUUGGGGUUUGGGGCUCUGCCUCCAAAUGUGGGAGGGAGAGAAUGGGAGGGAAAAAUUCCAACCUUGGGAACCCCGAGAAUUCCCGGAUUUCUGCGUCUCCCGAAGUUUUUUCCAGCCAGGAAUUUUCCUGCCCUGCCCCAUGCCAGGCCAUGUCCACAGCUGGAAUUUUGGGAUCGUUGCUUCAAGUGGAAGAAAAUUUCUCCUCCUGCCUGGCCCGGAUCGAUGCCCUCAUCCUCAAACCUCUGCUCCGGGCAGAGCCCCACGAUCCCAAGGAAAAGGAGAAUUUCCAGCUCCUGGUGCUCCUCAACGAUCGCUUCCAAGCCCUCUGGAAUUUCACAGAGGAAAAUUCCCGGAUCCUGAGGGGAAAAUGCGGCUCCGACUCCGGUGGGAUCCAGGAUUUUUACAUCCUCUGGAAAGGAGAUCUUUUCCUGAGCCUCUACAUCCAGUAUUUCGUCACCUUCGCCAACUUUGUCGUGGUCCAGGGCUUCGAGCAGGCCACCAAGAGCAAGAGUGAGGCCUGGAAGCUCCACAAGGCCGUGCUGAAAGAAUUCCUGCGGGAUUUCACCUCGGAGAGCUCCCUGGCACCAGCCCUGCACUGGGUGCUCCACAAACCCUUCCAGGAUCACAUCCAGAGCUGCCUGCAGCUCCUGGCCCAGCUCCAGGGGCAGCUCCAGCAGGGAUCUGAGCAGGAUGUGGUGGCUGCUGUUAUCCAGGAAUUUGGGAAGUUGGAAUCUUUCAUCAGCCAGGUCCUGGAUGAAGCCAGCUUUACCAAGGAGCUCUGGAAAUCCUUGGGAUACAAAUUCACCGACAUGCUGUGUGUCCCCGAGAGGAGGCUCCUGGAGGACAGCAGGAACCUUCCCAUCGCUUCCGGCAGCGCCCGCUCCGAGCGGCUCCUGCUCUUCGACGACGUCCUGGUGCUCAUCCAGGGAAACAGCUUCCAGAGUUUUGAUCUCAAGCUGGUGUGGGUGGAUGAAAACUGCGAAGAGAAAUCAGCUCCGGGAUCGUACAACCUGCGCAUCACAACCCCAGAAGAGACGUUCGUCCUCUCUGCCAAGGACCCCCAGAUAAAGGCCGUGUGGUGGUGGAAGCUGGAGCAGGCCGUGCGCCAGGCGCUCAAUGGGAAGCGGGAUUUUCCUCUCUGGGGCCGGAGCGGGGAAGGCAGCGAGGCCCCGUCCCGACGUUUCUUCACCUACGUCUUCCGCAGCGAGGGACGGCUCCGGGGGGCCACCUACGAGGGCGAGUGGCUCUGGGGGAAGCCCCAUGGCAAGGGGACGCUGAAGUGGCGCGAUGGCCGCAACCACGUCGGGGAUUUCCAGGAGGGCCUGGAGCACGGGUUUGGGAUCUGCCUGGUGCCGCGGCGCUCCGAGGAUCGCUACGACUGCUACAAGUGCCACUGGUACCAGGGCAAGAUGCAGGGCUAUGGAAUCUGUGAGUAUGGGAAUGACCUGGUCUACAAGGGCUACUUCAGGGACAACGUGCGCCAAGGAUUUGGGAUCCUGGAGAACUUCUCUGCCGAGCAUCCCUACAAAUACACGGGACAGUGGGAAAACGACAAAAAGAACGGAUACGGGGUCUGGGAAGACAAGGAGAGAGGGGAGAGGCACAUCGGGAUGUGGUUGGAUGACCAGAGACACGGAGAGGGCGUCGUGGUGACACAGUCGGGGCUCUGCUACCAGAGGACAUUCCAGGCUGAUAAAAUGGUGGGUUCGGGAAUUCUGCUCCUGGAAGACGAUUCCGUGUACGAAGGGAACUUCACGGAAAAUCUGACAUUUGUUGGAAAGGGGAAGCUGUCCCUGGCCAAUGGUUUGGUGCUGGAGGGGACGUUCGGCGCGCGCGGAGCCCGAGGGCAGCGCACCCACACGAAUUUGGGAAGAACAUGGAAAAAAAAUCCCAAUCCUGUGUUUUCCAGCCAGCUGGGCCUGAAGGAAUUCCCAGUGGAGAAGAGAUGGACGGGAAUCUUUGAGCAAUUCCAGUAAUUCCUCCAUUCUGGCUGCAAGGAGGAAAUGGAGGAAUCUUUCACAGGAUUCCACAUCCAAUCCAGCAAGGAGCUGAGGAAAUCCCAGGAAUAUCUGUUCUGUCAAAGAGGCUCUGAGGAAAUUUCCUGGAAAAUUGAGGAUAUCCUGGAGGAGCUCGUCCAGCACCAGGAGCUGCAGUCUCUCCACACUUACCUGGAAAAGGCUCUGAAAUCGUCCCUUCAUCCCUUGGGAAAACUCCUGGGGGUCCUGGCUGUCACCUUCCAGGCCACCUAUUCCGGGAUCGGAGCCAACCGGCACCUGCUGCCCAUGGCCCAGGACGAGGUCAAGUUCUAUGCCAAGAAAAUUUGGGAAUUCUCCCAGGGUUUGCUCCGGCUGGCCCUGGAGCAGAAGGGCCGAGCGCCCCCCGAGGACCAGCCCAGGUCGGUGGCUCCGGGAACCACGGUUAUUCCGGCUGGAAUCCAUCCUAAAUCCCAGUUUUCCCUUUCCAGGCACCUGUGGCCUCUCAAAGAUCUGACCCUGACCUCCAACCAGAGGCGCUCCCUGGUCAAGGAUAAAUGUUUCCUGUCUGCCACCGAGUGUCUGCAGAAGCUCAUCACCACGGUGGAUCCCAGGGAAAAGCUGGAAAUCCUCAGGAAAACCUACGAGGAGCUGGAGCACACGGUGUCACGGCUGCUGGAGAAGGAAUUCCGGCUGCCCAUGGAUGAUCUCCUGCCCCUCCUCAUGUUCGUUGUGUCCAGAGCCAAGAUCCAACACCUGGGAGCUGAAAUCCAUCUGAUCCGGGAUUUGAUGGAUCCCACCAACCAGGGUGGAAUGUUGGACUUCCUGCUGACGGCACUGGAGUCGUGCUACGAACACAUCCAGAAGAUCCGGCUGCAUCCAAAGGAAAACUCCCACAGAUCCUGAUCCAUAGGGAAAAUUCUCCUUUUCCCAAAUUUUCUGGACCAAAUCCCCAACUGGAAAAAACGGGAAUUGUAUCCCUGGUUGUCUUUAAAGGGAAGAAUUCCUCCCCAGCCGAGGUUUUCCUGAUCCCAAACACACUGGAAAGGCUGGAAUUUUCAUCUCCAACCUCUGGGAAUUUUUUGGGAAUUUUUUUUUCCAAGCAGUUAAGGUUUUAU